CGGUAGCGCCAUGGAUAGCCGGUGCUACGGGUGUGCGUCCAAGUUCUCUGUCUUCAAGAAAGAGUGUGGAUGCAAGAGCUGCGGACGGUCGUUCUGCUCAGGCUGCCUUAGCUUCAGUGCUGUUGUUCCCCGCUGUGGAAGCACUCAGCAGAAAGUGUGCAAGCAGUGUCACGGAAAACUAACUGGAGAGGGAUCUCAAAGCAGUUCAGCAAAAUGGUCACCACCAGAAAACUACAAAAAGCGUGUAGCAGCUUUUGAGGCUAAGCAAAACCAGCUGAAAGAACAACAGAAGGCAGCUGCAAAACCCCCAGGACAAGCAGGCUCCAGAUACCAGGGGCUCUCAAAAGAGGAUAGAGCUAUUGCAGAGAGACUGGAGAGGCUCAGGGAGGAAAGGAAACCGAAGUCCAUCCCUACUCAGGCUGAGAUCGAAGCUAGGCUGGCUGCCCUGAAGGAGGACUGCCGGGGACCUGUUCCAUCCGCACAGGAAAUGGAGGACCGGUUGGCUGUCUUGCAGGGGAGAGAACCUCCUUCCCAGGCUCCCAGACCUGUACACCAACCUCCUGAUACCAGAAGUCUGGUCCAGCAGACAGAUGACCUGUUAACUCAGCUGUCUGAAGAAGUUGCCAUUGAUGAGCGUUACAGACCAAGAGUCCAGCCUCAAGCUGUUAGUAGCCAAAGUUUGAAUGAUCUCAAUCGGGAAAGUGAAGAUUUUGUUUGCCCUGCAAAUCUGGACCCAAAACAGCUAGAGGAAGAGAAGAAUAAACUGCUGGCAGAAGCUGCUGCUGAGCUGCGGGAAGAGAACACUAGGCAGGAAAAGAUCCUACAAGUUGCCAAGAGAUUGGCAGCACUCAGAGGCGAGGACCCAGAGAAAGUUACACUGGAAACCUAUAAACUCCCUGACAGUGAUGAGGAAGUGGCUGAGGAGGAAGCCAUUCGCAGAGUGCUAAAACAGCUCACAGAGGAAGCAGCCCUGGAUGAAGCAAGUGGAUUCAACAUUCCUCCAGAUCAGACCACCCAACUAGGACCCUCGCGACAGAACCUGCAUAAGAAAGCAAAGCAAAAGAGCCAGACUCUAAUCACCACAGCUCUUGCCAGGGCAGAUGACAGUGAUGAGGAUGAGUUACCCUGGUGCUGUAUCUGCAAUGAAGAUGCCACUUUGCGCUGCCAUGGCUGCGACGGGGACCUCUACUGCCAGCGCUGUUUUCGGGAAGGCCACGAUGAGUUUGACCUGAAGGAUCACCACACCUCCCGCUAUCAUCUUCCUUGCAAGUAGAAGUGAUCACACUCUUCAUGGGCAGGGAAGGAGAUGGAGAGUGGGAAAAGAGAGGAGUUGGCCAGAUGGGAAGAGUCCAAGUGGAUUUGCAGCCAAAACGGGUGAUGUUUUGGACAGUUAAAGGAUGUGCUGUAAUCUGAGAGAGGCUUGGAGGGCACGUGACUGUGUCCUCACAAACACAACCAGAGAAGUGCAGGGUUUGCUGUGCAUGCUUGGGGAUAAAUGAGGACUUGAUAUGUGGAGGUGGAUAUGAGUCUAUAAAUACAGACGGUAAGGCAAUGUGGGUAGCAGUAAAGAUGUGUGUUUAAGGCAGUAAUGACUGGCUGAUAAGUAACUUUCUGCUUUUGCUAACAGCUUACACACUGGUUCAACAGGCAGCAAAGCACUUUGCACUAAGAAAACUGUCUGCGUCAUGAUCACUUGUGUGAUGAGAACUUCCAAAGCAUAAUAAAAACUAUUUACGGAGGCCUGUGGUUAAAGUCUCUCCUGGAAAUGCCUGAUAGCCCUUUACAAAGUGUUGCCCUCUUGUAAUGAUAUGUUAGUCCUAGUGUCAAGUGGCUUAGGGAAAGAAAUGAAGGAUCAUGAAGUCAUCAAAAAUGUUUCUGUGGUGUGGCUGGAAAAGGUGCGGGGGCUACUCUGCCUUGACGGGCAGUGUUGCUCAUGUACUUGAA